GUGAAACAAUACUCCAAAUUACUUUUGCAAUAAUAAAUUAGGGAAUAAUAUUUCUUUUUUUUCCUAAAAUUACACUACAAAAAUUAUUCGCUCCGUCUCCAAUUUUAUCACAUAUUAAAAUUUACGAGAAAAAAUAUGUUACUUUUUGAAAUCAUAUUAAAAAACUAUUUAGAUAUUUAAAAACUAUUUGAAAGUCCUACAAAUACAAAAAAUUUGGUUGUUUAGUCCUCUCUUGCGGUACAAAGUUGCUGAACUUGUCUCCGGCGAGGUCUUCCAUAUCUAUGGCGGCCAAUAUCGGUGCCAACGCCGCCGCUGCAGUGUCUCUUGCGGUUGACGAUCACCACUUCCCCGCCGCCGACCCUACAUCUGAUCAAGACCGAAAGGGCGAGACUGUACAAGCUCUCAAAUCUGAGGUCAUGGCUACACUUAAUGAAGUGGUUAAGUCCCUGGAUGAAGAUAGCUGGAUGUUUGAUGGGCCUCGAUCUCGUAUACACCUUAUUUCAAGGCCAGGCAGUUUUCUUCAGAAGCGACAGGAAUUGACAAAGAAGCAGACCUUGGCACCAUCAAAAUGAUGGAGAAGAACCUCUUUCGCCUCUUUUGGUCCAUAACGAUGACCUUGGUUUCAAUUUCGAGUCUUUUGGUCUGCUUAAUCCUGUCUUGGACAACCAAGAACCAUAACCAAAAUCUUUUGUUUUUCGCAGUCAAGUAUACCCGCAAUGAAGUAGAAACGAUCAAUAUUUUGUACAUACUCUGUUCUUUGAAAUGUAAUCAUCAUAACAUGCGUAGCGUGACAAGAAAUGUAUCUAUAUAAAUAGGUCUAAAGCAUGAAAUUUAUCCCGUAUUGGCAUUGUGAAAUGCCUCAAGCUGACAUUGUGCGUUGGCAUUUCACCGUAUUUCUGACAUUAUUUGGUAUCCCAAUUCUUAUCUUGCUAAUAUAAAUAUUGGAAGUCU